AUGGCCGCUGAAGAGGGACGAGCCCGCUCCAGGUCCCGAGCACGUGAGCCAGAUGAAUCAGAAGCCCCAGCUGUGCCAGAAGAGAUCCCAAGUGCGCCAGAAGGAGCACCAGCUGUGCCAGAAGAAAUCCCAAGUGCGCCAGAAGGAGCACCAGCUAUGCCAGAGGAAGCUCUGGGCAUGCCAGAGAGAGCUCCGGAUGAGAUGACUGACGUGCCACCACCAGCAUCUGGUGGUACGGAGAUCUUGGAACUCGCUCAGAAGCUCUCGGAGUCUGCCACGAAGAUUGGCAAAGUGAUUGAGGAUCUGGGUCUUGUCUUUGAUGAGUUCAACAAUGGAAGACUGGAGCUGCAAAAGGGAUUUCAAGAGCUCAGCACACAGAUCAAAGGUACCAACCAUUGUAUCACCACGAUGACUGCAGGGGUGGCAUUCCAAGCUGGGGAAGUCACCAAGCUCCUGAAGGCCUUUGAUCGCUGGUCGAAUACGAGCCGCUGGGCUAUGGCUGGGAGCCAGACGAUUGAGACCAACAUCAAAGGUGUACAAGGAGAGAUUGAAAAACAAGCAGAAAGGCUGGGAGCCAGUAUGAAUGGUAGCCUCGAAACCCUGGGUGGACACAUCCAAGAGCUAGUGAACCUGUUGAAGGAACAACCUUGGGGGCCAGCAUUUCCACCUGCAGCACCAGGUUCGGCUCCGGAGGGUGUGACAGAGACCGGGACACCCCUGACACCGGGAGUAGUGGGUUUUCCGACAGUUGGUGCACCGGUGGCUGGUGGCCCUGGAGUACCAGGGGUGUCAGGUGCAUAUGGAGCGGCCGGGAUGGCCAACACGGGUGAGUCGAUGAUGGGACCACCUGGUCAUGUCCCAGCGACCCCACCGGCUCCAUCAGUUCCACCGGCUCCAGCUGUUCCACCUGUACCUGCGGUGCCACCACGUGCGGCAGACUCU